AUGGUUCAAGCGGAAGAGGAGAGAAAAGAGGAGUUGAAACGGUUAAAGAACUUGAAGAAGAAGGAGAUGAGGGAGAAGCUUGAGAAGAUUAAGGAGACUGCCGGGAUAGGAGAGGACGAGGUAUGCUUGUUUGAUAUGGAUGAUUUGGAGGAGGAAUUUGAUCCGGGUGAUCAUGACAGAAAGAUGAACAAGGCUUUCGAUGAUAACUACUAUGAGGCAAAUGAUAUGGAUCCUGAAUUUGGAAGUGAUAAGGAUGAAGAUGAUGCCAAACUUGAGAAGCCAGAAUUUGACAAGGAAGAUGAAUUACUUAGAUACAAUGUGGACGAACCUCGUGGUGAUGAUGAUGAUGUGGCUGAAGAAGGUAAGCGGACGAAGAAGAAGAGGAAGUGGCCUAGUACAGGAAUGAAGAUAGUCAAAGAACAGCUAAUGGAAGAAUAUUACAAGUUGGACUAUGAGGAUACUAUUGGUGACUUGAAGACAAGAUUCAAGUAUAGGCCGGUUAAGGCGAAGAGAUUUGGGCUAACACCAGAGGAGAUGUUAACAAUUGAGGAUAAAGAGUUAAACCAGUAUGUUUCUUUGAAGAAGUUAGCACCUUAUAGAGAAAAGGAAUGGAAAGUACCCCUUCUUAAAACUCAUCAAGUUAAAAAGACACUUAAAGGAGAAACAUCAGAUGUACCAAAAGCUGAAAAGAAGCCUAAGUUUGAUAACAAGGAAAAAUUUGCUGGUGAGACAGAUGGUACAAGCAAACAAUCGAGGCAAAGUAGGUGGCGAAAGAAAAAGGCUGAGUAUAAGCUAUCUACAGCAAGGCUUAAGGCAUAUUCAGCUAACACAUCAGAGUCAAAGAGUAAAAAGAAGUAG